AUGCCUCGGAUUCUUAUCUUGUUUUUUUUGAUAGAUCUGAUAGCUUCCUCCCGUGUGGAUGUGACCUGGCCACGAGGAGAAAGGGCAGCUCGGGGCUAUAGAUGCACUUGUGAUGGCCACUACGACCCUACCAGUUGUUGCCUCUUCGGCUUGGAGUGUAGCAACAAGACUCGCACUUGCGAGCCCUACAAGUUGCCUGAGAAAGGUGAAGCAUGUAAGUGUUGGAAGGGACAACAUUUGCCGGGAGAUUGCUGUGCCCCGGGCUUGGUUUGCAGUAAGAGCAGUGGAACCUGCAAGCCUGCGAUCAAGCAGAGUUGCAACAGGAGCUGGGGAGAUGCCAUCGGUCUGACCGAGUGUGCGGGCAAGGGGACCUACGGUCGCGAAACCACCUGCGCCGAGCAUCCUGACUGGAAGGGUGUUACUCAGUGCUGCAUCGUGGGCAAAUCCAAGUCUCUGUUGAAGGAGAGUCCACAGGAAAGGAUGACCAUGUUUCCUGCUUUGCCGGAGAUGCCCGAGCUUGCUCCAGAGUGCUGCAGCGGCUAUUCCAAAAUGGCGAUGGCGAUGGGCGGUAUCAGCGCGGAAGUCUGCUCGAAGCUGGUCUUGAAAAUCGAGAAGUUAGUGCCUCUGGUGCUGAAGGAUUUCGAGGCCAUGGUGCACGAGAAUGAGGUUUUGCGGCAAAAACUCCAGGCGAACAAGAUUUCGUUGGACGACCUACCAGACUUCAAACCUGAGAAGUUCAGCCUGCCUGGCGUCACGGAGGCUAUACCCACCUACACCUCCGAGCUGACGCUCAGCAGCCAAAACUUCCAGCCCCGCCCGGGGCGACGGAAGAGCGCCCUUGGGCUGAGUCAAGCGAAGAAGCGCAAGUCUUCCCUGGGCAAUGAAGAGGAGUUGGUCGAAGGGGUGAAUGGCUUAUUGGCCGUUCGGCCGACCACCCCACAGUCCAGAGAUAUGGCGGAGAUCACCGAGGAGGAAUUAGAGAAGAGGCAGAAAAGGGAGCAGCAAAAGAAGGACAUGGAAAAGAUCAAAAAUUGGUCCGCCAGGAACAAGUCGAUGCAGAGAAGCAAGUCUCAAGAUCAGCUUUCGACCGUCGCCUCCUCUGCGGCCUUGGGUGAGCUCACGUUGGACCAGCAGGUGGAGCAAGAGGGCAAGGUCUUCGGCAGUCCUGAGGUGACAAGGUCGAAGGACGGUGUCCCUCAGUGGGAUGGAGAUGCAACAAAGUUCCAAGAGUACGAAGAACAGGCUCUGCAGUGGGAGCAGAGCAUCCCGUACCACAAGCGGUACCUGGCAGGGCCAAAGCUUGUGGCCGAGCUGAGUGGCCCAGCCAGAAAACAUGUGACUGGGAAGCGACCAGAGUGGCUUUCCUACGAUGGUGGGGUGUCGCACUUAUUGCGCCACCUGAGAGACUGUUUGGGGAGGCCAACCAUCCCUGAAAUGACUGACUACUUGAACAAGUACUUCCGAAUGAGCCGGAUGAAGCGGUUUGAGACCAUGAACUCCUACAUCACUCGGAAGGUGGAAGUAUACCACCGUGCCCGCCAGUCCUUGUCAAGGGUGCAGAAACACUAUGCCCAUCAUCAACAUGAUGAUCAGUGGUGGCAAACACCAGCCUGGCGCUCUUGGCGCUCAUGGGAUUGGCAGGGACGCAGUUGGCGCUCCAACCAGUCUCAGUCUCAGAAUGGAAGUGAGGCCCCAGCGAGCCCUGAAGCCGAUGGAGCAGGUGUCCAACCGGAAGAAGAAGAAGAAGAAGAACAAUGGUAUGAUGCUCCCAGCACGCCCUAUGAGGAGGCAGCUUCAUGGCACUACUCAGCCUCACGGCAUGCGACAAGUGAAGAUGAGCCAUGGAAACUUCACACAGAAGAGCUCUUGCCUGAGUUCCUGCAGGGCUGGUACCUCCUAGCUGACGCUGGGUUGGAUAGCACGGAAAAGAACAUGAUUCAAACAGCCUUGCAGGAUGACUACACCGUCCAAAGGGUGUCCCGUGAACUUCGUCUUCAGUGGCCUGACGAAGACCUCAAGCGCCGUGACCAGCAGUCCAAGUUCGCAGGCUUCUGGAAUGAGGACUAUGAGGUUGCGGAUGCCGACGUUGACGAAAAGGAGAAGGCCAUGAUCAUGUCCGAGCUCAACGACGAGGGCAUGGUGCUGUAUGGUGAAGCUGAGAAGGAAGUCCAAGAGGCCUAUGCCAUGAUCCAGAAUGGUCGUCGGACCCUCAAAGAAGCUCGUGCUCGCCAGCAUGCAGUACGACUUAGCCGCCAGUACUACCGCACCAGUGGUGGUCGCAACUACAGCAAUGGUCAUGGCACACCUCAGACACAAGCACCUCGUGCUGCGGGAGAACCAGUAUGUCUACGCUGUGGAAAAGCUCACCGCACCUCAGAAUGCCCUGACAAGACUCGGCCUGACACAGGCCAUGCCAAUGUGGUUGAAGAAGCACCUUUUGUCUGCUUCACCGAGGAGUCUGCGAUGACUGCAAUGGCUGCCAGUUCCGAAGCUCGGAGCACUCAGGAAGCAGUUCGGGCCGGAUGUGCUGUCAUAGAUGGUGGCGCAACGCGCACUUUGGGAAGUGUGGAAGCUAUCCAGGCAGUGAUGGACCUGAACGCCUCCAAACAUGGAGAUCAACGCUUGAAGGGCGUGGAUGUGAACAACCGACCUCUGUUUGGUUUUGGCAACUCAUCGCAGGAUCGCUGCGUCUCCACCGCCAAUUUGGGGGUGACUGCCAACCAGAAACCUGGACUCCUCCAGGUACAUGCACUGGACCGAGGAAGUGGCCCCAUCCUCCUGUCCAUCCAGACCUUGCGGUCCCUGAAGGCCGUGAUUGACUUCGAAGCUGACCUGCUGGUACUGAGAGGCUUAGAUGACACUAAGGUGAUUCCUCUUGAAAGAUCGGCAGCAGGACACCAGCUCAUCUCGCUGACCGAUGAUUUGUUUCAGAAAGCUCACACCUGCAAGAGUCGGGUAAUCCUAAUCACUCCAAGGAUGUUCAACAGCCAGCAACUGCAAGCCAGCACUGCAGCAGCGACAGCCCAAGUGAACCACCUGGCGGUGAACCACACGCUUGUACCAGUAGUGCCCAUGUCCAGUCGCUGGACCAAGCCCAUGUUGAUCGCCGAGAUCGAGAAGUACGGCGAGACUGUGCCACCGAAGUGGUCCAUGGCCGAGAUGAAGAACCGAGUGGCCCAGCUCCACGAGGAGCAUGGUGUGGUGCCGCCUCACAAGCAGCGCACGGAGUUGCGCGAGAUGGUGAUCCAGCUGAACAAAGCAAGCCAGAAGAAAGCCCUGCUGCAGAAGUACUGCCACGGCCUGGGGGUGCCAGUGAAUGGCAACGAGACCAUGGCCACACUCCAACGAGCAGCCAUGGCGAAGAUCUACGAGACCAGCACUCCCGAUGCCAGCGAUCCUGUGGGUUUCGGCAAAGCAGCUGCGCUCAGCUACCUGGAGAUUCAGGAGGACCAGCAGUACUGCCAGUGGGUGCUCAAGACAUGGGAAGAAGGCUCGACGUGUCCACAGCUAGCCCGUCUGGCUCGCUGGCUCGACAAAGAGCAGAAGGGCAUGAACAUGAAGUCCGAGCAGGGCAUUCCCGUGAAGAUGGAGACACACCACAACGAGCCUACACCAGUGAAGACAAAGACACAACCGGCAGCUCCGAAGAACACAGCCAGCCUCACCAGUGCCAGCAGCUCCAAUGUCACCGAAGUCCUGGUGAACCUGGUCGAGGCCAUGCAGGACCUCAAGGAGGAGAUCAGCGAGCUCAAGAACGAGCGCCCCCGCAAGAAGGAGGCCAAGUCGUCAGAGCACAGCUUCGAGAUCCCCUGA